CUUGUGCAGUGAUACCUGGGCUUGUGGAGUGCCGAGCCGGGCUAUGGCGGGAGCUAGUGAAGAGUCUAAAGGCGUGGAAUCGCUGAAGAACUUCGAACGCGCCCUGGGGCAUGUGCGCAACAGUGUGAGGCCUUUGACCCUCAUGAGCCGGGAGGAGGUGGGCGGCUGCGUCAGCGCUAAGGAUCGUGCCACGCUCAACUUACAGGUUGCUUACGGGGUGAGCUCCCUCUUCUACAUGUUUCUGAAGACGCAGGGAGUGUCGCCCUCCACCCACCCGGUCAAGGGCGAGCUGGACCGUAUACGCGGGUACUUCGGGCGGCUGAAGAACGUGGGCAAGCCGCCGGAGCAGCGCACCCUUAAGGUCGACCAGGAUGCUAGCCGGCGCUUCAUCAACGCCGCUCUCUCGGGCGACAGCGUCUGGCAAAACGCCAAGGGAACCGAUCCCAAGAGCGCGCAGCAGAAGCGCGCAUCCGCAGGCAUCGGCCGGGCCAACCCAGCGGGGCAACCGGAGGACUUCAGCGCGCAGGCGGCCGGGGCGGCGGCGACGGCGGCGGCGGAGGCGGAGGCGGAGGCGCCGGAAAAUACCCCGUUACCGGUUAAUGGGGGCACGGGACAAAAGCCGUUGCUCGCGGCCACGCCCGGGAGCAAACGCGGCGGGAGAAAUGCCAAACGGAAGCUCACCGCCGGCACCAGCGCCGGCGCCGCCUUUGUUGCGGGUGCCACGGGGGCCGGAGCGGGAGCCGGGAAGAAGAGGAGGAGCGGAGGCGGUGGCAGCAACGCUAGCCACGGAGAUGGCCCAGCGGAGGCGAGAUGGGGAGAAGGGCCGGAGGCGGCCGUGCCGGGGGAAUCCACGCCCGGGCCCAAGAAGCCCAAGGGCAAAGCUGGGAAAAACAAGAAAAACAAUUCGCGACACAACACUUGGUAGAGAGGUUGGUUCAUCACGCAGUCUUCUUAAUGGCCAAAAUUUUACCCUCCCCCCUCUCUCUUUUAGACUCUUGCCGGAAUUCUUUUCAGGAGUACUUGGUCGGCCAUGUAUGUAGUUUCUUCUCUGUCGCCGCCGCCACCUCGAAAGCGGCUGCGGCGUCACGCUUGAUGAUGGAAAGGGGGAAAUGUUUUUUUUCAUAUGUAGAAGGUGCACGACCUCUGUUGUUUGCCGGGUUGGUUAAUUGUUGGGACCAAGGUCGUGAUGCGAAUGCUGUGCUCUCUAUCUCUCUCUCUCUCGUGUACUGAUGUUCUGGCAACUCACCACCUCAACGGCGUUGCCAUUCGCUGGCCAAGCAUAGACUUGUGGUUCGCGUCAUUUGCGCGCAAGACGGCUUGUGCCAGCGAUUCGCUCUUCGCGUUCUGGCAGGGUAUCUUUCAUACCAUGCUCCAUCUGUUCAAAUAGCCCCCAAGCCGUUUUCGCGGUGCUUUGUAUUUUUUUCAUCGGCGCCGGCAUGCUUGCGCGUGUUGCGGAUGGGCCGUCACGAAGUAGGUUGGCGGUCUCGACUUGCGAGUGGGUGUUGCCAUGGUUACAUCGGUGUUUUGCUCUUAUCAAGGCUAACUUUGGCACCUCUAAAACGGUGUACACAGCCACGGAGAAAUAUCUGCUUACUGCCGAGGAAUGGGCGGCGCCCAGUCGGGCCGUUGUGGCAUGCUUCUUGUUUCUCUCGUCUCCCGCGGGAGCUAGUGAGGCCGAUUGGGCCAAUGCGCAGACAAGCGCUUUGCGAUCUGUCGGGGGGAAAACGCUUCGGGUCACCACCCCGUACACUCCAAGUUACCCCAUUUUUCGGGCUGGUGCCGCUCUAGUGCUGUGCACGAUGUUUCGUGUUUAUUUAGAGGCGUGCGUAGUCCCGGUUUACCGAAUGGGGCGUGGAGAUACUGUUACGCACGAUUGUUUGAAACAGGCCACGUCCGUGUUCAGGGUGACGUCAGACCGCCGUUCGUUCCGUCCCUAGUAACCAUCGCUAAACCGUAGAAAUGUAACCGCUGUCACAUCC